GCACGAGACCACACUGUACCAUGACAACGUUGAUACAACCAAAAUGGCCGACUAUAUUUACAUAUAAAAGAUACAGAUCCUAAAAGAUGUCAGCGGUAGCCAUGCCGACUAUUGAGGAGCGGGAGAACUUAAUGAGGCCCCAGAGAGUCCCCCUCUCUGGCUUCAGUCCUCGUCCUGUCCAAAGACUGGCCACAAGAAAACAACCCAAAUCUGUGUUAAAUAUAGAGUGUAAUCACUUCUUACGGACAGAAACAAAAGACUUCACCCAUGGACACGCCCCUCUCACGUAUAAACUUUGGCUGGAAGCCGGGAAGCACGACCCUCCCUACCCAAAUACCCCUGACCCGAACUUUAACAGUAACGUGUGGAGAAAUUUUAGAAAACAGUAUGGAUUUAACACUACCGCUGAGGGGAGAAAAAUUUCUGAAGUGUUAGCUACAAUGUAUCCAUUAAACAUUCCCCCACCCUCCCAGGUCGGGGAUCACACGUUUGAGAAAUACAUCAGAGAGACAAAAUUGUUUAAUAAUGAGAAGAUAGCUUUUCUUGCAAUGAACAGAACAAAGGCGGAUGUUCAGGAAUUCAAAAGGUUACGGUGUCGUAGCGAGGCAAGAAAUCCGCCUCUCGACGAAAGUGGAAACAUUUUACCACCUGAGAACUUUAAGAAAUACGAGCAUCGGUUUUUACCCCCACCCCCUCUACCGCCGACCCCUCCUCCGACAAACCAGAAGAUUGACUCCCUGGGCCAGCGGUAUAUACCUCGCUCUGAGCCUCAUCUGUGGAAGUUGUCCUACAAAUUAUCCCACCCUCAGUACGAGAGUGUUCGAAAGGAAGUUAAACGACGACAAGAAAUGAUGAAGAACAAGCCCCCAGGAGUAUCUCCUAAAACUUUCCCAUCACCUCUGGUGCCAUGAAACUCGAUACUUAUUUCAUCUUAUACUGUAUUGAGGAUCAGUGCAGACUCUAGUGUGCCAUUCCUUCUUUCGUAUCACUUCUUUAUUUUCGAAUUCGCGGUCUUUAUCUGGACCUUAUUUUAUUUUGUCCAGUAAACCACUUCAAAGCUAACCAAUUUAAAAAAAUGUAAGAAUGAAUGUAUAUAUUUACGAACGGAAUGGUGCACUAAUGAAGGACGCCCACCUGCGUCGCUUUUUGGGCAAGAGUGCUAAAUCAUUUUCAGUACCUGUGAUUAUGACGUCAUAAUACAUGGUUAUAGACUGUGAUAUGUUUCUCACUUGGUGACUGAGUGAUAGUUGAGUGUGUACAUGGUUCUUGUCAAUAUACAUGUACCAUACCAUAUAUUAUACGACUCAUAUUCUUUUUCUUUGUUUACAUGUAGGUGUGAGUUUGAAACCAUGUUUUGGAAACGUCGGCCAGAAUUUUUUAUUUUACAUAAGCAGUAUUUUCACGAACGCCAACCAUUUGUAAACAAUCACAAAACUAUAC